AUGACUUCCUUCUUUGGGAAACGCAAGAGCCAGAAUGCUUCGACUCCUGCAGUGGGCACAAUACCCGCGAAGAAUCCUAAUGCGCCUGUUCCCACCCCACUGGAGCGUAUGCUCAUGAACGCUGGUCCCAUUCGCAAUGAUGGAAGUGACAAGUUCUUUGGAAUGGAAAAUUUUGGCAAUACCUGUUAUUGCAACUCCAUAUUACAGUGCCUUUACUAUUCUGUUCCCUUUCGAGACAAUGUUCUCGCUUAUCCCCGCCGAUCUAACCCAGAGUCUGUCGCUCAUGCACAGGCGAAUGCUCCUGCUCGAGUACCACCAACCCAGGCUAAUGGAAAUGCCAAAAAACUCCAGGGCCCAACUUCGGCGCGCAAUGCAGGAACACCACCUAAUCAGCAACAGAAACCAGAAGACAAAGACUCCCCAGAAUAUAAAAAGAAGCAGGCCCUAAUUACGGGGCCCAUCUUGAAUAUGAGCUAUGAGAACUCGUCCGAUUACGACAUGCCAGAGGAUCUUUUUACCUCAUUGAAGGAUCUCUUCGAAGCAGUUGUCAUCAAUCAAUCAAGAAGUGGUGUCGUCAGCCCUAGCAGGUUUCUGGAAACCUUGAGAAAGGGAAAUGAAAUGUUUCGCUCUGCCAUGCAUCAGGAUGCUCACGAAUUCCUCAAUCUUCUCCUCAACACAGUCCUUGAAAGUAUCGAGACUCAAGAUCGGAAGCUUUUGAUACAAAAGAAGGUCGAAUCCUCACUGCCAGAGUCCGAAAGUUCUUCCAUUCUCAAGACAGAGUCAGGGACGGUCUCUUUUCCUUCCGUCCUCCCCGUCCCCACAGCUGCACCCACCAGGUGGCUUUCCGAACUGUUCGAGGGUACGCUCACAUCCGAAACAAGAUGUCUGACGUGUGAAAAUGUAUCUCAACGUGAUGAACCAUUCCUAGAUCUAUCCGUUGAUUUAGAACAGCACUCCUCCGUUACUGCCUGCUUGAGAAGGUUUUCAGAGGAGGAGAUGUUGUGUGAGCGCAAUAAAUUCCAUUGCGACAAUUGUGGAGGCCUUCAAGAAGCAGAAAAAAGGAUGAAGAUUAAGCGGCUCCCAAGGAUAUUGGCUCUCCAUCUCAAGAGAUUCAAGUAUACCGAGGACUUACAACGCCUCCAAAAGUUGUUCCAUAAAGUGGUAUAUCCAUAUCAUCUGAGGCUUUUCAAUACCACGGACGAUGCUGAAGAUCCUGACCGAUUAUACGAACUUUACGCAGUCGUCGUUCAUAUCGGUGGCGGUCCAUACCACGGCCACUACGUUGCCGUUAUCAAGACUCAAGACCGUGGCUGGCUAUUAUUUGACGAUGAAAUGGUUGAACCGGUCGACAGAAGCUUUGUACUCAAUUUCUUCGGCGACAAGGCUGGACUCGCUUGUGCCUACGUACUGUUCUACCAAGAGACCACCAUCGAAGCAAUUCGGAAAGAGCAAAGAAAUGAGGGGAAGGCACGAACGUCCCAAGAUGUGACCAAUGGCUUAGGCAUCAUUCCCAACAGCUCAACUGAAAUGCACCGAGUCCCGACCGUAAGUCCCAUUGCCUCUCUAGCAUCGACAGGUGAAGCUGCUCAAUACGCAGCCCUCAACCACGCAGCCACUGCCCCUCCUCAAUUCAAAACCAAUGGUCACGUUGAGCCACCUCAAUCUCCGCCCCUUUCCGCAAUCAGGCCUCCAAGUCCGGUGCUGCAAAGCAAGAAAGAGAAAGCCAGGGAAGAAAAAACUCGUAAAGCAGAAGAGAAGGCCAGAAAGGUAGCUGAGAAGCAGGCAGAGAAGCAAGCUGAGAAGGAAAGAUUGGAAAACGAAAGACAGCGUCGAAAAGAUCUGUCCAGCAAACUGCAGGAAGCACAUAAAAGGCAAGAGGCCGAACUCAAAGCAGCUCUGGAGGCGAGCAAAGCGAGCAAAGCAGACGAGGAUCGUCGUAAUGCUUUAGGAAGAGCAGAAACCUAUUCUCCUGAAAGCAGCAGCCCAUCUGGGCUUGACCGAUUCAAACGAUCAAAGAGCCUUCGAUUCGGAUCCUUAAAUAAGAAAGAUAAACUGCGGUCCAAUCCUUCAGACGAAAAUGUCUCCGAACCGCCAGCUGUCGCAUUGCCGUCCGAUACCAAACAUUCCGACGCACAAAAGGAGAAGGAGAAGGAGAAGAAGAAUCGAUUCAGUAUCAGGAAGAAAUCAUUUGGCAAAUUGACCUGA